GAGCUGACCGAGGCGCAGUUCAAAGGUACCCGCAGGGAGCUGUGGAAGAGCCCGCUGCGCAAGACCUGCCCCUGGUGGUCGGCUCCAUUGGCCUUGUGGCGCAUAGCCACCGUGCCAGGUCGCUUUGAGCCUCUACGGCGCGCUGGUCUCGGAGCUGCCCCGCAGGAGCUACGAGCUGCCAAGUUCAACAGCUUGCGCUACCUUCUGCACGAGAUCAUGGUACGCACCAGGCUAGCACCGGCCUGCUGGCACGUGACGUCUGCGUUCACCGUUGCGAAGCCCAGUGGUGAGCAUCGCCUGCUACACAAUCUUGAUGUUUACGGUGGCCGCUUCUACCGCUGGCUCUGGCAGGAGAUCGGACAUACCUUUGAUCGCCGUUACGCGCACGGCUAUUCGAAGGGGAAACGCCGAGAGGCAGCCAUCAUGACCGUGGAGCUUCUGAGGCACCGUAUGGCGACAGCGGGCAUUUCCUGCAAUACCGACUUCUAUGAUCUCACGAACGCUUUCGCAUGUUGCGAACACCGCGAUCUUCUGCACUAUCUUUGGGAGCGCACCUACCCCGUAACGAACCCUGUAGACGCCAACCGGAAAAGCCACGGCACGUACACCAUCUACAAGCGGCAUGCCGCAGCACGCAGCUACGCAGCUAACGAUGGCAAGCUCGUGUCGCUGCCGCAUUUCGUCGGGAAGAGGGCGGACGCGUACCAGUGGAUCGUCCACCGCGUGCCUGGAAUCCUGGCUGGUGCAGUUUCUGGCGCCGCACGUUAUCUCGGCCCCCACUUGGCGUUUGACGGUUCUCUUGGACUUGAAAGGGUUCGCAGGGUUGCUGCGGCUCGCGCUGCGUACGCCGCUUAUAACAAGUUUUGGCACAACAAUGGCCCUCGCAGGUGGGCCCGCAUAUUGUUCCAGGGCUCCGUUACCAGCAUGCUGACCACGGGCCUCGCGGCUUUCGCGCCCUCGCAGGCGGAUCUGAAAGUUCUUGAUCGAUGUAAAGACCAGCUCUUGCGGAAGGUCGCCACCGUGGCGGACAGCGCCGACCUCGAGCACGCUGCCGACGAUCCACGUCUGCUCUUCCUGGACGAGUACGUGAAGGAUGCGUUCUGCAGGCUGGACAUGGCCAUCUUGACAGCGCGGGAGUUGCACCAUCGUGAGAUUCCGCCCCCGCACGCCGCGGCGCUUCCGCUCACCGAGGCUGCUGCGCCGCUUGCCCCAGGAGGCUGGCGCACAGUGUACACCUGCACGAUCGCCACGGACACCGGCGAGGAGCGCGGCCGCAGCUUCGAGACGUACCGGCAGUUGCGCGCCCACCAGACGGCUGCCAGAGGUUGCCCUGGCACCUCGCACUGCCCCUCGGCGUUUCUGUCUGCCUGCCGCGCCGCCUUCCGAGCCAUGGAGCAGUGGCAGCAGGCCCUUGGCGCAGCCGCUACCCCCGCCAUCGAGCCCCCGGCCGGCAAGAAGGGGCGCUGCGGCCAGGAGCGCUUGCAUUGCGAGUGGAUGAAGACAGCCGACAAACUGAGCUUAGAUAGUGCCCAGGAUGUGGCGCGCAUCGCUGCCCUCGCGUACUUCUCCUACGACGUGCCCAAAGAUGGAGAGAUUGACAAGGCAGUCACCGGCGCAGCCCGCGCCCGCAAUGACAAGUACAAGGGGCAGUCCGGCCAUAAUGGCGGGUCGCCCCACGCCCACAGUUUCAUUGCAUUGUUGCUGGCGCUGCACGGCCACGGCGACCCCGAGCACAAGAAGAACAUCGAGACCUUCAUGGGGGGCUUCUCGCCGGAGAACCGCCACAUUCAGCAAGUGGUCGGGUGUUGCGUGCGCCAGCAGGCUUUCAAGUCGGACCGCCGCAAGCUUUUCUUCAAGCUUCUCCGGGCCCCCGGGCUCACAGAAGCUGACAAGAACGUGCUCGAGGAUAUUGUCGACAAACUCUUGACCACGAAUGGCGCUGUCCGCAAGCUCGGGCGCGCCCCCCGGGGCUCACUCGAGCGUCGGGCCCAGCAGCUGCUCGACCUGAUCUCCCAGGGAAAGAGCGACGCCGACCUCGCCGCCGUCGACGGCGGCAAGGGGGCCUUUACCGAGGAGUCGUGA